AGCCACAGAAAAGUCCAUUGAAAUUUAGAUAAAAUUUCUCAAAUAUAACGUGCAAGGGAAGAGUGGUAGCAAGUGAUUCGAUUUUUUCUCAUAAAACCUGUUCAUGUGCCGUUUAAUUCGCCACAGAACAAUUGCACUCAUACAAUGGCGUAGAGACAGUUCGUGUUUUGUGCUAUCAGCUGAUGGACUUGAUGGACCUUACUCUUAUCAAAACAGAAGACGUUGUAACAGUAAUUUCAGCUGUCGUCGCAAAAUGUCAUCUUGCAAUGCGUGAUACUGUGCUCAUCAUAAUAAACUAAUUUGAGCUGAGAAGAAAUUUUUUUUUCGAUUUAGCAUCGACUCCAUUAUUCAUUGUCACUGAAUAUAGUGUUUUCAUCUGAAGAAUUUAUAACUCUUCAAGAUGGGGACAACUGUAAGUAGUGGACAAAAUAAUGAUGAAUUAGUCGAUGAUUUAAUGAAAUCUGGAUGUAUAAGAUCAGAAAAGAUAGAGAAAGUAUUUAGAGCAGUGGAUAGAGCAGAUUAUGUUCUGCCAUUACAUAGAGAAGUUGCUUAUAAAGAUAUUGCUUGGAAACAUGGAAACAUUCAUUUAUCAGCACCAUGUAUAUAUAGCAAGGUGAUGGAAGCUCUUUCUUUGGAACCGGGAUUGAGCUUUCUAAACCUUGGGUCAGGAACUGGUUAUCUCAGUACUAUGGCAGGACUCAUAUUGAACCAACAUGGAACAAACCAUGGCAUUGAGUUACACGAAGAUUGUUUAAAAUAUGCAUACGAACGUCUCGAAGAAUUUAAACAGAAGUCAUUAGCUUUGGAUGAAUUUGACUUUUGCGAGCCACUUUUUAUACAAGGGAAUUGUCUCAAUGUUGCACCUGGUAGACAAUACGAUAGAGUAUAUUGUGGUGCAGCAUGUCCAGAAAGUCAUGAAGGUUUUAUUAAACAAUUCGUGCGCGUCGGAGGGAUUCUCGUAAUGCCUUUUAAAGAUCACCUGCUUCGUAUACACAGAAUAGAUGAGGAUAAGUGGUUGCAUUUCACUAUGUUUUCUGUAUCAUUUUCAACAUUGGUUGUGCCUAGUGCUUCAGAACAAACUUUAUUUCACUUACCCGAAUGUAAUCCCUUGUCUUUACAAGAAUUAUGUAGAGGUAAAAUCAGACAUCGACUACGUCAAAACGUUUGGAACGAACACGCAGAUCUGGAAUCUAUAAAGCUCAUAGUACCGGAACGUCGAAAACUUAGCCCUCUACCAGGACUAACGCAGCGAUCUUUAAGCAGAUUCGUUAUUCCUAUUUUCGAGGAAUCCGAUGAAAUCGUUUUCGAAGGGAGCGAACAGUUCAGUAGAGCGGUAAGUUUCUUGCUCAGCAUGAACGCUCAAAAUUCCGCCUCUCAGGUGACAGUCGUGCAGUUUAAUCAAAAUGACAAUCAGAAUUGGAAAAAGGACAGCAGCAACGGUAGCACUGAAGCAUCAAACAAUGCAGACGGUAUUUCAACUUCGACCGAUGAACAAACACAAGAAAAUGAAAUGCACAGGCAGCAUCUGAACAAUCUUAAUGAAAAUAUUACAACCGCUACAUAUUUGAACAUAAACGACAUCGACAGCGAUAGCGUAUCUGUUGAGUCAGAGUCGUGUAUCGAAUUUGAGAGCGAUGUGGAACCGCAGUGUUUUCUCAUGCAGCAUAAGGAGGUGGCAAAACGAGAGAAAACUGACAGCGGAAUAGUAGAAGACGUAAAUUUAAGUAACGAGGAUGGCAGUUCAAGUUCAAACACGAAUCACUCAGACUUGGAAACGGUAGAUCCAUCUGAGGCCGCGGAUGCGAUGGAUUCAGAUCUUUCCGAUAUCACGAUCAAUAGUAAUUUUAAUCCCCAUUCAGCCUCUAGUGAUAUUAACCCUAAUGAAGAAGUUAUCGUCGCCCAUUACGUAAACAACAAUGCCUUUUCUACUUAUAUGAGGGAAAAGAUACAUCAGUUACCAUUGCCUUUCGCAUUAAAAUUGUAUAUAGCUUACAAUCGAGAACUGUAAGAUAAGUUAAUUACAUAAACAAAUUACGUUAUUCUAAUUUAAUUAAAUAAAUAAAAAAAGUAUAUAUAUAUA